CAUCUUUCAGGAACUUGUCGCCAGUCAAACUUUUCGAAAAAUGUCCGUCAAAGGAGGCGAAAAACGUGACCUAUGGCAUUCGACUAAAAGUUUUGAUGAGAAGCUAACCAAAUCUGGAGUAGCCUAUAAUCCUUACAAUUCGCGCAAAGGACAUAAGAGAAAGAAAAGCAACGCAAACGAAAAAGAUCGAGAGGAAGAAGGAACUGAAAAGACUGGCAAAAUUAAACAGCGUCCUUCAUCUUCACAGCCGGGAUUUCCAAGCUGUACCAAGGAGAGAAAGAAAGGCAACGCAGACGAAAAAGAUAGAGAGGAAGAACUAACUGAAAAGGCUUGCAAAAUUAAACAGCGUCCUUCAUAUUCACUGCCGGAAUUUCCACGCUACACCAAGGUUGCUCCAGGUUCUUCAACUGAUUUAGCGGAAUCAAAAGAACUAAUAGUUCAAAUCAUUGCUUAUCAUUUUUAA